AUGGCGGACAAUGUGAGCUCUAGAAUCGACACCCCGACCAACAUCUCACUGACUCCCAGUGACAGCGUCUCUGAAUCCCUGGAGUACAAGACUGUGUCGGUGUUCCUGGUCCUGCUGGUGUGCUUCGUCGGCAUCGUGGGGAACAUCAUGGUGGUGCUCGUGGUCCUCACCACGCGCCACAUGAGGACGCCGACCAACUGUUAUCUGGUCAGCCUGGCCAUAGCUGAUCUGACGGUGCUGGUGGCGGCAGGGCUGCCCAACAUCUCGGACAGUCUGACCGGCACGUGGGUGUUCGGCCACGCCGGCUGCCUGGGAAUCACAUACCUGCAGUACCUGGGCAUCAACGUCUCCUCCUGCUCCAUCACCGCUUUCACCGUGGAGAGGUACAUUGCUAUCUGCCAUCCAAUGAGGGCUCAGACGGUGUGCACGGUGUCCCGGGCCAAGCGGAUCAUCACCGGUGUUUGGAUCUUCACCUGUGUUUACUGCAUGCUCUGGUUCUUCCUGGUCGAUAUUCAGGUCAGCCAGGACGGACACAUCCAGUGUGGCUACAAAGUGAAACGGGACCUCUACCUGCCCAUCUACCUCAUCGACUUCGCCAUCUUCUAUGUCGUCCCAUUGCUGCUAGCCAUUGUGCUCUAUGGGCUGAUAGCACGAAUCCUCUACCUCAGCCCUCUACCUAGCCAUGCCGAUACCAGUGCCACCGCCCUGCGUAGAAGUUGCCGGGAUGCCUCCGAACCAGGGAAGGGGGGGCGCCAGAGCCGGCCGAAGAGCGCACUGUCGUCCAGGAAACAGGUGACUAAGAUGCUGGCUGUGGUGGUGAUCCUGUUUGCCCUGCUGUGGAUGCCCUACCGAACCUUAGUUCUCAUCAACUCCUUUGUGUCAACGCCCUACCUGGACGCCUGGUUCCUUCUGUUUUGUAGGACCUGCAUCUAUGCCAACAGUGCCAUCAACCCCAUCAUAUACAAUGUCAUGUCCCAGAAGUUCCGCUCGGCCUUUCGCGGGCUUUACCGCUGCCAGCGACUAGAAGCGAACCAGAGGACACUGUCAGUGAUCCAGGCCAACUACAGCACCGUCCGGGACCCACGAACCUCCCAGCCCAAAAGCAAUGGCACCAAUGAGAAAGCCAAGAGAGCCACCUUCACUACUGAAACUGGUACAGUCACAAAGGAUAAUGGAAAUGACACAAUGGCAGCCAAUGGCAGGAACGCAGAGGAUCCCCUUGACACUAACUGCCAAGCUGAUUUCAGCUUUUCCAUGGAUCCCAUUGAAACCUCUCCUUCCAGUGCCAGGAAGGAUGUGGGUCCAACUAAUCUCGAGGGAAAAAAGCAUGUAAAUAUUUCAACAUUAAAUGAGUGGCAAUCUGUAAAAUCGACAGAAUCUCAGUCAGACUGUCUUGACACAUCUUCAUCCACUGACAUGAAAGUUGUGGGUCCUGUAGAACCGCCUUUAUCCAAUGACAAGAAAGCACUGGGUUCCACAGAGCUCUCUUCUUACAACGGCAAGACAUCCUUGAGUUCUUUAAAAUCUUUCACAGCCAAUGAGGAGAAAGGUGUGGGUUCUACAGAAAGCUCCUCAUCCAGUGACAAGGAAGUUGCAGGUUUUGUAGAGCUACCGUCAACCAAUGAUAAGAAAGCUUUGGGCUCCACAGUGUUAUCUUUAUCCAAUGACAAGAAACCCAUGGCUUCCACAGAACUCCUUUCAUCCAAGGACAAGACAGUUCUGAGUUCUACAGAGGUUCCUUCAUCCAAUGUCAAGAAAGCAGCUGGUUCCACAGAGAUCUCUUCAUCCAAAGACAACAAAGCUGUGGAUUACGCAUUCAAAGGAUCUGUUUUAGGUAGUGAUAAAAGAGAGACGAAAACAGACCCUCAGUCUUUCCAUGAUUCAAAUGUGGUGGAUCGUACAGAGUCCUAUGUGGCCACUGACGACAGGAGUAAAGACCUCAUUGUCUCCAAGCCUGGAACAGAACAGAGCGAUAAAGAUUGCUGGACUGAGGAUAGAAGAAACGCAACCAACAAGAUCACAUUCACUACGGGCCAAACACAGAAAAGGGCAGAUGCGAUGAUUCCUGGUGUGGUGUAG